ACAGGGAUGUCGUCUACUGGUCAAAGCGAUGCUCACGCACUUGCCGCCUCGAAAUAUUCGAUUUCUUAUUUCAUAUAUUGCAAAUGCUUAGUGGCUCUUCGCUGGGAACUUGGCCGUACUGGCGUUCAUGGAUGAAGGGAGUUGCUGAUGCGAAGCGCGGCUGCAGUGGGAAUUCACGAACAGAGUUUGAUGUCGGACAUUCUAUGGCUCGAAGCAGGCGCCCCCGAAGAUUACCAGAUCAAUUGGUAUGAUGAUGGCUGCGAGAAUCGGCAUUCGGCCGUUGGAUAAUAAUACCAUGGAGCAGACGGACGGGAAGACCCUCUCUCCGUAUGCUGCUCUGCUCCACGGUUCUGCUCCUGCUUCUCCUCCUGCCUGCUGCUGUCUGCCCAGCGGCUGUCAAGCUCCCUAGCUGGUCAUCAAUGCGAUCUGGAUCUUGGUACGGAAGCACGACGCUCUUCCCCUUAUUAACCUCAGCGGGAAGGGAACGUGGAUCAUGUACUUGUACAUGAAUACCCGCCCAGCAUUGAGCAUCCGGUUCCAGCGCCUCCGCGAAUUGGUACCAACCUGGUGAAAGCAGCACUUUGAGCCGAGAGAAGGAAGCCCAGGACCACAGCAGUGAACGCAUGGUGGCGUGUGCUUAUCUCCUUCAUCUACAGGCCCUGGAGCCCCUCCUUCCAGGACUCCACCUAUCCCGCCAUCGAGAGCAGACCUCAUUCGUACCUCGCAAAGUACUACUACAUGUACUUCCAAUGCAUAGUAUGAUAAUACAACUUCUAUGAGC